AAAAAAAUGUACCUGCACAAAUCCGGAAGUUCGGUUACCUGUUGAGGUGCCCGGAUGUCUAUACGUAGUGACAAGAUGGCGAUGCUUUGACAGGAGUGCUGCUGAAGCAGUGAAAGCAUCAGCAGCAUUGGGAGAACUACCUGGGCCCGCAUAAAGUUGAACAGCGACGGGCUCCCAGGAUGUUCGCCAAGAAAAAGAAGAAGCCGAUCAUUUCGGCACCGAGCAACUUCGAGCACCGCGUGCACACGGGCUUCGACCGACGGGAGGGCCGCUUUGUCGGACUGCCGCCACAAUGGGCCAGCCUGAUUGGUGGAGGCCAAGACCGACCCAAGCCCAUCAUCGAUCCUUCCAAUAUCACCCCCACCGAAAUUCUGGACAUGAAGCUGCACACUAUCGUGAGAGGUGGUGCUCCUGGCAGCACGAGCCCUGUGGGUCGAUGUCCGCAACGCCCGGGUGGGCCUGUCUCUGUGACACGUUCCAACUCCCUCCGCAAGGAGAGCCCUCCCAUGAUCCAUCGGGACAUGAGCCGGCUUCCGCCACCCGUUCCCGAGCAUGACACAUUCCCAGACAACAGCCCAAUGCCUCCUCAGGGCCACACACUGCCUCCCUAUGCACAUUACCAGGGACAGCAACCACUUCGGGGACAGCAUCCGCAGGCCCAGCAUCCAAUCGGAGGAGGGCGCCUCCCACCCGACCACCUCCAGGGCCACUCGAACGCGUAUGCCCCGGCUUACAUGCAUGCGCAGCAGGCUCACCCACAGGACCACCCUCAGCAGGACAUGCAUAGGCCCACUGACUCCUCUCAGGAGGCCCCCGACAGUCCAUCGUUACCCACUAACGCCCAGGGCUACCCGCCACAUGCUGGGCAGCACACAGCACAGGGGCGCCAGCAGCCUGGCAACAUUACACCUCAGCCACCUCACGGCAUUCCAUCACACAAUGGCAGCUACUAUUCUGAACAGGAACUGCCACCACACAAUGGGCAACAGCCACACCCGGGCCAGUACGGAAGCCGGGACCACCUGCCCACUUCACACACCUUGCCAUCGCAUCCACACCACGCCCCACCACCGCACCUUCCGCCACACAUGCAUCAUCUCCCACCUCACGUCGGGCAGCAGCAUCAGCAGCCUCCACCUCAACAGCAGCACCUGCGGCAGGCGUCACCUCACCGAGAGAGUUGGGGCUCGGGCCAGGACCGUUACGAUGCCGGUGACUGGGACUCCUCGGGAUACAGCGCCAUUGUGCCUCCUCCACACGCCCGACCUGCCACUGCCGGCCCCGGAUUGCAAAUGCACCACGGAGGUGCUCCUCCGCCAGGAGCUGGUCACCCUCCUCCGUCCACGCAUCACCCUCUGGCUCAACAGCCACAGCACCACGCACAGCCUCCACAUGCCGUGGGCAUGCACCAUCCCCCAACGCACGUCAACCAGCAGCACCCGAGGGGUCCUUCACCCAUGCAUCCGGGGCACGCCGGUGGCGUUCCACAGUCCCACCAGCCCCCAGCACCGCACAUUCCAAACGGGAAGGUGCCGCCCGCGCUGAACGGUGGACACCGGGUGUCACCUUCUGGAAUGCCGCCUCAGUAUGCUGUGAAUGAGCAUCCGGGUGGCCACCCCAAUGCCCCGUACCAGCAUUCAGCCUCCCAGCUGCCUCCCUCCCAACUGCAGCAGCAGCAGCAGAGGGUCUCUCCGCAAAACAUGAACUACACUCCACAGGCAGGUCACCUGCCACCGGAUGGUUACCGGCCCGCGACCCAGGGCAAUCCUCACCAGUACGGACAGCCAAAACCUCACCCGGGUCACAGCCAUUCGCCGGGGCCAGCACCCGUUGCCAAGGAACUGCCGGCCACCCCGCCAAAGCCCAAAGUGCCAAACGAUCUCCACCAUCACCACCACCAUUACCAGCCUGCGGGACCACAUCCUCAGGUACCAGUGCAGCAGCAGCAGCCACCUACUGGAGGACAAACCAUGGUGGAUGGCGGUCGGGAUGGAAUGGGCAAAGGUCAAGCAACCAUGGACCACGCACCACCAACGGUGGCAGGCAAGCCUCAGUCAAACCACCCACCCGAGCACCAAAGGCUGUCACAUGAGCAGUUCCGAGCGGCACUGCAGAUGGUGGUGAGUUCGGGUGACCCCCGGGACAACUUGGACAACUUUGUGAAGAUCGGUGAAGGCUCGACUGGCAUUGUGUGCAUAGCUACCGAAAAGCCCAGCGGCCGCCAGGUGGCUGUCAAGAAGAUGGACCUUCGCAAGCAGCAGCGCCGGGAGCUUCUGUUUAACGAGGUGGUUAUCAUGCGGGACUACCAUCACCCGAAUAUUGUUGAGAUGUACGACAGCUUCCUUGUGGGCGAUGAGCUCUGGGUCGUCAUGGAGUUCCUUGAAGGUGGAGCCCUCACCGACAUUGUCACACAUGCCAGAAUGGAUGAAGAGCAGAUUGCGACGGUGUGCAAACAGUGCCUCAAGGCCUUGGCUUUCCUCCAUUCCCAAGGCGUCAUUCACAGGGACAUCAAGUCCGACUCCAUACUGCUGGCCAGCGAUGGAAGGGUGAAGCUGUCAGACUUUGGCUUCUGUGCGCAAGUGUCCGUGGAGCUUCCCAAGCGCAAGUCCCUCGUGGGCACACCCUAUUGGAUGGCACCCGAGGUGAUCUCGCGGCUCCCGUACGGCCCUGAGGUGGACAUCUGGUCCUUGGGGAUCAUGUGCAUCGAGAUGGUGGACGGCGAGCCACCCUUCUUCAAUGAGCCACCGCUGCAGGCCAUGCGGCGCAUCAGAGACAUGCCACCACCCAAGCUCAAGAACACGCACAAGGUAUCCCCCAGGCUUCAGGGUUUCCUGGAGAAAAUGCUGGUGCGGGAUCCGGCGCAGCGGGCCACGGCCUUUGAGCUGCUGCAGCAUCCGUUCUUGAGGCAGGCAGGUCCUCCCAGCCUGCUUGUGCCACUCAUGCGCAGCUUCAGGCACAGCCCCUGCUGAUGAUGCCAGUGCAAGGCGUGCCGCUGCCGUGGCUGCCGCCAGCACAUAUACAGCGCAGGGGUCGUGUUUGCGUUAGCGCUUUUCCUACAUGUCGAGAACGGUUUCACAUGCAUUCCCAUAAUCUUCCAUAUGUCUUCCAUAUCAUCCGCACAGAAAUCGCUAGUUUCAUAUCGAUUGCACGCAAUUUCUGCACAGUGAGUGCGAUUCAGUGACUAAAGAAUAUUGUGGCAUUAUUAGGAUAAUUGCACGUAUUAUGCAUUAUUUUUCAAUUAAAACACAAUGUGAGAAUCAAGAAAAUACUGCCACAUAAUUAAUACAUAAGUUGUAUUGUUCAUUCUAAAAGACUGGAUGUUUGUGGUGUCCUGACUUCUCUCUUGUGUCCGUGUUUGCACGCUCAGUCUUUUAGAAUGAAUACUUACCAGCUAGCUCAGUUCUCAGUUAUUCUAAGUUGUAUUGUUCAUUCAUUGUUAGUAAUGAAAUAAAGAAUAGAAAUUAUUGCUAGGGCAGAAUCUUGCGCAUUUUCGGUCUGUUUGUUUUACAAUUGUCAGUUUCUGCUCGCAUGAUUGGCCAGCCGUUCGUCAAUGACAACUGGCUUCGGGCCAAGCACAUGAGCCGAAAUCGAAUCAAGGCUGAAAUUUUACAAAUUCUGCGCCUGUACAAUCGCGAUGAAUUUUGUGAAUUUGGUAUCAAUUUUGCAUCCUCAAAAUAAAAACAUGAGGAAUAUUGCAAUGUAAUCGAUAUGGAAAUUGCACAUGCCUUGUCAGUUUCUGAGUUCUUGCAAGAAAAGCAAGCAUGAUGUGGAGGUCAUCAGAAAAUAUUGAAAUGCAUGUGAAAUUUGUAACGAAGGCUGCCCUGUUCCACAUUGUCGCGUGCUGAAUUAGUGCAACAUUUCUGUGAAAGAGGCUCCGAUAUUUUUCACCACUCGCUCUCUUUUAAAACAAAUCCAGCCUUGUGAUAGUGAGGUGAGGUGUUUCUAUGGCAACAGUAUCUGUCCUUGCACCAUGUGAUGCUUCAUGUACGCGUAAAAAUGUAAUGCUUAGUCAGGAUGGUCAUGUAGGAAGCUAAAGGCUUGGGUAAAUUUAUGCAGUAAUUUGUGAAACAAGGCAAAAGUCCUCUGCAGUUGUUUUAAAAGCAGUACUCCAUGCCCCAAUACCCCUGUUUUGUGCAGUACAGUAGACUCUUGGUAAUUCAAACUCAAAGGGACCUCAAGAUUUUGUUUGAAUUAUCAGAUGUUCCCAUAAAUAUGACUCAGAGCAACAUACCAACUAGCGUUGGGAUGUUUAUUGUUUCUCAGUCCCUCAGUAGCGUCAUAGACAGCUCCGCACGAUUGCCAGUGAAGUUCUUAGAUAUGAGCGAUCAUACUGGUGUUUAUUAUUAUACAACAUGUACGCUUGUGUUCAAUAAAGGGACGAAAUGUGUUGUGUCCCAUGACAGCUGAUAACUCCUUCACGUUCUUAGGAUGCUUUUUCUCGGGACACCAGUGUACUGCUGCCAAAGUGAGUUUUAGGUAGCAUUCGAGACGCAAUAGACCUAGGCCGGACCAUCUCUGGUGGUGUUUUUUUUUGUGUGUGUGUGUGUGUGUGUUCCUCAGUUAGCAUGUGAUUGUUAGUACGUACGGUUUGGCUAGUUUGGCGGCUUUGCACGCGCGCAGUCGCCUUUAUUUGCGACUUUUAAUGGCAUGAAAACGCGAAUGUUAAGUGAGAAGCAACAAAGGCAGCAAAUAUUUCCAAGCAUGGACAAGUAAAAAGUUUGAAUUAAUUAGUGCAGUGAGGCAGUUUGAAUUAAGUGCCCCUAAAAUACAUUGAAAACAUAGCGGAGCCAACCAGAAAUUUAAGAUUUGUUUGAAUUAACCAAGAGUUUAAAUUAUCGAGAGUCUACUGUAAUUGUUAAAAAAUGCAGCAGAUGCACCUCAUAUUGGAGGGUCAUGUUACCUUGAUAACGGUCGUGUCGAUGGCAGGAUGGUUAUGCAGCUUAUGGUGGAUGAGGGCAACUGCACUGGUUUAUUGAUGGGCGGUCCUCAAGAGUAGUUGUGUGCAUACACUGACACAGGAAUUGUUAGAGUGAAAUUUUCUGCAGGUUAUAAAUAUAGAAUUUUCCAUCUCUUCUAGUUCAGUUCUACCGCUUUAAAAAUGUGGGGACUAUCGCAUUCAUUUACCAACAUUGUACUUGAUGAUACACGAACUGCUUGUAAUUUUGGGCUUGUGUCAUGCUUUGUGCCGCUCUUAAAACAGCUGAAGGGGACCAUUACUAGGUGCCGUAGCUUGUUCUGCUGUAUGUGCGUUGUAGUGGAAAUUUUUAUGCAUUUUCACGCGUGUAAGAGCUUGCUCCAUUCUGAAGUGUGGUUGGAACGGCAAUGGAAGUUGCAGUCUUGGAAAUGAUCAAUAAUAUCAUUGGUGCGUAAGAUUUAACUCCAUUACAAUCACACUUUUGCAAGGAGCUGUGUAAGUUGGCCAAGCACAGAUUGCUUCAGGGGCACAAUCCUGUACAAGUUCUGUAAUAGAACGGAAUGCAACGUCACAAGAGAACGAGUCGAAGCAAACAGGCAAUAGGCGAAGGACAAGCACCUCUGAAGAAUGCGUCAUGUUUUGAUCCUCUGCUGAGAGGAUUCAGAAAUGUUUUCAACGCAUGAAGAAAUAUAGAACUACUAUAACUGAAUAUCGGUAUUUGGGGGCAUUGUUUUUCAAAGCUUGAAAUCGAAGACUGCGAUAACUUUUAACAAUUUAUUUAUGUUAAUGUCUUGAUUUCGCGUUGUGUGGUGUUAGAAUUUCACGACACUGUCAGUGGGGUUGCUGGUUGCCAUUUUCGCAAAUUGACGGUGCAGAAUUGCAUGAAGCCAGACACAAAGCAGGAUAAUUCGCUUCUCCGGCCUGAGCGCUUACAUUUUGGUCCAAUCCAAGUCGUCCGGAGACCGGUCUAUAUUUGUUGUAACGGGUGGAACAGUGUCUGCGUUCGUUGUGUGCUCGUUCUUUGCCUAGCAGACGACAAAGGGGUUGACAGCACUGCCAUUUCCGGUUGCUGUUCUUACGUCUGACAGUCACGCGAGCUUCGACCGAAUACGUGCGGCGCAAUAGAACGUUCUAUCACAGAAUGUGGACAAGAUUGCUGCCCAGGAAUGUGUCAAAUUUUCUUAGCCAUUUAUAAUUACUGUUAAGCGCUAUAAAAAGCCAUGGUGUUACCAUUUUGCCAUUUCCCUUGCUAUAGUAGUUGAUAGUUUUAGUAGCGCACUGUUUAGCUGGAUAAUUCUGGAAGAGAGUUUCAUUAACAAAGGUGCUUCUAAGAGCCACUCUUAAAUCUUAAACAGUGGUAGUCACUGUUGCUGCUCAUCUAACUAGUAUGCUACAAGGCAUUAUAUUCAUGAUAGCACACACAGUUAAACAAGCAACACGAAAGCUUUUGUAUAGUGUGCACAGUUGCUGUCAUUUUUCAUAAUUGUAGUGUUACCGCCCUUUGAAGUUUCUGGUACACUUCUAUUUGACAGCAUGUUGUGGGUGCCCUGUACACCAAAUUGCUAAAUGUUGGUGCGCCUGUACCUAACAUGGCACUCCGUUUCAUAAUUAUUGUACUCCAGUGUACAGGGAAGGUUUCGUUAGUGGCUUUUGUUUCAAUAGAUUAUGAGAAAUUUAUUCAGCCUAAAAAUUGCCAUUGGUCAGGACAAUUUGGUUGGUUACUUGGCUUGCUCAUGGGAAUGCUUCAAGGGCUGCCUCAGUAAAUCUGUAUUCGAUUGAGAAAUAGUCUUGCUAUCUUUGCAAGUAAAUUUUAUUUUAUCUUGAGCAUGCUCUUGUUAAACUUUUCUGGUAGAGCUUUGCAGUGUAGUAGUAGUUGAUUGUAGUAUAGGCUUCUGGUACUAUUGAUGGUGGUAGCUGAAAAUAAGAUGGUAGCAUUUGUGUGCUGGUGACUUUGCCUGCUUUCCCCUCAUGUGAUAGGCCCCUUCUUUACUACUGUACCUUGACCUGUAGGCUUGUUCAGGUUAACUUCAAUCACUUACGACAAAUCUAACAUACAGCACAUAUGUAAAACGUUAUCAGCCAAUCUAGGGAGGUAUGUCUUUACUUGGAUAUAAUAGAGUGGUCUGCAUGUCAAAAGGGGUGCUAAAAAACAAAAGUCAAGUUAUAUGGCUACGUUAAUGUCUUGAAACAAUGAAUACGGCACUUUUGUGCAAGGCAAGAGUAUUAAUGAACAAGACUGUGACCUAGAUGCAGAAAAGACCCCUUUGGAUUUGUGGAUGUUCAUUGCAACAGUACAUGAAAAAUGAAAAACAAUUUGAAGCUCAGGAGAAAGAGAGAAAUACCACCCCAGCAAACCAUUAGGCUUUGAGACAAAAGAAGUCUUGCAGGUUCAUUUUGUUUGGCAGGCAAAAAUUUCUCACUGAGCAUGCUGGGGGGGGGGGGGGGGGACAAAAAAAACUGAGCACUCUGUCCUCUUUUCAUCGUAUUCAACAUGAAAUUGAGUCACCCAUUAAGUGGCUUUGAAAAUUUUGAUGAAAACUGUAUUCGUUCAUACAUUUGUAGCAUUUUUGAAUUUGGCCCAGGGAAUGUGGCCUUCAGUUUCAAUAUUCACUGCAACUAGGUUGAGUCUUGGCACAGAAAGAAAUGCGAGAUAUCUUUCUCAAGAUCGCUGUUCAACAGUACCCUGUGACUUGAUUUUUGUUUUUAGUGUCACUUUACCCUGAGCAAGUGAGGAGAUUUAUGGUGAUUUACUACUGGUGUAGAGUACACAUGUCAUUGUCAGUAAUCAAGAAGUAAUGCAAUAACAUUUAGUGAAAUGAGCUUUUUUUCCCCGUCAGCGUAGAUGUUUGUAAAUGUAUCUGUAGAAACAGAGCAUUCGCAUAGCAUGUAAUGGAAGAUGAACUUCGGCUUAGAGAAAUGUCAUAUGGAGUUUGGCACUAGUAUGUAGCAUAUUGAGUUUGCUCUGUGUAAGGUCACAUACGUUAGGUGGCAGCCUUUGGCUUUAACACUGCUUGUUACUGAAUGCUGUAGUUGCAAUAGAGAGUAUCUGAUUACCCACUUCUUGCUUUAUCAUAUUGCCUUGCCUUUGAAUGCACUUUAGCUCUACAGCUUUUGUCAUCUGAAGAGCUAGAGUCACUGCACUUAUGUCGAGACUUUUUUGUGUGUAGCAUUCUUCAAAGUCUGCUAAUGAUCUAGCUUGCUUUCCUGUUGCUAUAGGGUUGGUAGCGUGAAGUACCAGACUCAUUCUGCUUCGCAAGAUACAUUACUGAGACUAAUGAAUAGGUGUCAUGGUCAAUCCAAGCAUUGAAAAUCACAAUCAGUACAAUCCUUCACUUGGUGCACGGUGAAUUCUCACCUGACAAUAUUUCAAGUGUACCUGGCCUUGUGUAAGUGCACACGGGGGCAUUUUGACCAACAUGUAUGUGUACCGAUUGAUUUCGACGAGGUAGAGAGAGUAUUGUUUGGCCAUACAGUGAGCUGCCAUUUGAGAGGAAUGUACAUUAUUUGUAGCUUUGACAGUAGCUGUUGUAAAAGGUGCAGCUCUGUGUCAAGUUGAGUCUGGAUGUAGUAUGAACAGCUUUUUGUUUUAUGCCUGUUUUUUCCACAGACACCAUAUUUGCAUGAAAGUAACGGGGGGGAAAUUUUCACGGUCCAUGUCGUUACAGUUUCAGAAUAUAUUGUAAUAGCGGCUGCUAUAUGAAGGAAAGUGGAAUGGAAUUUCACAUAGAAUUAUGUGUAAUGCAGUGCUCUGAGCUUAUAAUCAAACACCAGUGCAGCAAGUGAUGAUUUUCUGCAGUAAGACCCACUUGAGACCACCCAUCUGAGGUGGCUAGAGUGCAGUGACGAACCAUGUGCAUCGCUGUGAUGUCUUCUAUAUUUUAUAAGAUUUUUGGACACUUUUCUUGAAGCACCCAGUACUGUGGUAUUCCUACAAAUAUGGUAUCUCAGUCAGUAAUUGCUGAUGAGGUCAUAUGGUGUACUUUCCAGACUUUUGAGUGGGCAUGUUUCCGUUGUAGUUGACUGCUUCUGAAGGGUUUUUUUUUUUUUUUCUUCCCAAGUACAUAGGCAAAAAUUCCUGUGCUUUUGCUUGUGACCUCGGAGUCAAUAGUUCCAAGUGCCUUGUGGCCUCCUUGGUUGACAAAAUAUUAGACGUUUUCACGCAAGAUGUUUAACAGGUGUCUUUUGUAAACUGAAAACUGACUGAAUGAUUUGAGGGCUUGUUAUGUUAAGAAGGUGCAUACUUCGAACAGCAUUUUUCAAGGAUGUCAUGUGCACGAGCCACACUCAGCCUCCUAAAUUUACAGCAGAAUUGUUCACACGUUCCAAAUAGAUUCAAGUGCAGCUGUCGGGCACCAAGGUGCGCUUGUACAGAUGCAAUUAUACUAAUGUGUACAGAUAGUUUUAACACGCUUAUUGUCAGUAAAAUCGUGGAACAUUUUCUCUGUGUGGACAUAGUUCCAAAGGGCUUAAACCCUUUCAUAGCCUCCUUUACAUUUACAAUGCCUGCCCAGUUGCUCUGUAGUGUAUUGGACCCAGUGGUCCACUGCAACAAAUGCCACUUUCCCAGCGAUUUUAUUUCUUUUGCUAGAGCACAGACAACUUUCUGUCACACUGCACUCACUCUUGUUUCAACUGCUUGACAUGUUAGGAAAGUUGAGCUGACCCUAAUCAUGACUCAAUAAGUGUGACCAAUUACAGUGGAUGGUGCGCACUACACGGCCCCUGGUUUCCGUGUCGUGGACAAGCAUUAAAGAAGUUACUGGAGGCUAUAACUCUUCGUUAAGGAACUUGCCGUUGUUGUUUCUGAUUGGAUUAGAUAGUUUAGUCUACUAGGCUGUGUUCACAUGACAACCUAUGCAUAUUUGUACAUAGAAUCGAUUGGCAGCAGUAAUGGUUAGCUCUGUGCCCAUUUUUACAUUACUCCUUAUCAUUUCAAGUAGGCCCAACACAAAGUAGGUUCUAGUACCUGGCAUCACUUUCAUGCUGUUGUAUUAGGGGUGAUGCUUCCAAGGUUGUUGUAAAUGGUCACACAUUUCUUUGCAAUGACAUCAUUUGUCUGAAAAAUGAACAAAUACUACUUGUACUUUUCAUCAUCCUUCUGUGUGUUUUUUAAGGUUCUUUAUGCUGCAGAAACCAUUAUGGAUAUGCUUUGUCAUGCAUAGUUCUUGUAGGAUGUGUUGUGAAUGUUUUUAGGAAGCUGUUUUGGGGAGCCCAGAAGUUGGUGCUGUUAGGAAAGCCGGGUAUUUUUUUUGUGUGUGUGUUUGUUUUUAAGAUGUACCGGAGCUGCCUUCAGAAAUUAUUAGUUGGCUGUAAUACAUUCCAGGGGUGUUGUAAGGCAGUGGGAAGUUGUUGUCAAUCUGUUAAAUGACGAGUUAUCCCUUCCGCACUGUCCUUUUACUAUUAAUGUUGUGCCUGCAUCUUAUGUUUGUGUUUUGUUAUUUUCAAUAUCUUUCUCUCUCUCCCCACCCUCCAACUCAUUCCUUGAGGUUUGUUGUGCAAAGAAAGUGGGGAAGAGGUGUUUCCAAUACAUCGAGAUAUUGACCUCACAUAUACAUAAAUAUAUAUGCUAUAUAUAUUCAGAUGUCUGUUUUAUAAACCAAUCGUUACUAAACUUGUCAUUUCUAAUUGUGUUAAAGUACGCUGCUGGCAGAAGAACACAGGACAUAGGCAGCAGAUUUUACUCGUGGUUAUUCACAGCUCUUUUUUUUUUUUCGGGUACAGCCUGACACUGUUCGUACUGUGGCAGGAGUUAAUUGGCAGCUUUGCCUGAUUGUGCUUUUCACAUUUCGGGCUUUUAAAUUUGACGCCAGGGUGCACAUAAAAUAGCAGCACUGGUGUGCUGAUAAGUGCAUAUUGCCUAUAACCCAUUGCCAAAAAGUAAAGGCCAGUCACUUGUCAGCAGCGGCUAGCCAAUGUUUAUUACUUUUUGGUAAUAGGGGCAUGCGACUUGUGCGCAUACACGGUGUGUUGUGCUGUUACAGAGAGUUUUAAUGGUUUCUGGAGCCUUGUGAAUAACUCCUUUUUUUGUUGCAUGUAAGUUUUCACUGCAGAGGUUCUAGUAGUUUAAAAAACAUAUUCAAGAUAAAUGUGAACUUGUUUUGCUGCUUGCAAUGUUCUACCAAUGGUGAAGAAAUGGAUUGUGCUCUCUUAUAGUUGUGAAUACAAGGGCUUAUGAAACAUUGAUAGGAGAGAUAUGUACAUGCAUGAUUUUAAGCAGUUGAAAAUGCAAUGACCUGUAAAUACUUAUUCCUCAUGUACAUUAAAGCUAUCUUUCUUACAAAUGUCUGCUGUUUGUAUUCAGAAUAGUAUGGAUGAAUAAACAUUUUUGUAGUGCUCA